AUGGAGGACCUGCGCUUAUCCGCCCCCGGCGACCCCCGCGACCACGAACGGCCGGCCGCAGCCCCCAGGCCGGCGGGCCCGCGGCCGCUGCCCGUGCUGGGCUCGCUGCACCUGCUGGGGCAGCACGCGACGCCCUUCGAGGCGUUCACGGCGCUGGCCAGGCAGUACGGCGACAUCUACCAGCUGACGCUGGGCGCCACGCCGUGCGUCGUCGUCAACAGCUACCCCCUCAUCAAGGAGGUCCUCAUCACCAAGGGCGCGCACUUCGGCGGCCGCCCCGACUUCAUCCGCUUCCACAAGCUCUUCGGCGGCGACCGCAACAACUCGCUGGCGCUGUGCGACUGGUCGGAGCUGCAGAAGACGCGGCGCAGCAUCGCGCGCAUCUACUGCUCGCCGCGCGCCGCCUCGGCCCACUACGACCGGCUGGAGCAGGCGUGCGCGCGCGAGGCGGCGGCCCUGCUGGGGCGCCUGGGGGCGGCGCUGCGGCCGCAGCCCGUCCACGUGAAGCCGCUCCUGCAGGCCGCCUGCGCCAACAUCUUCACCAGCUACAUGUGCUCCGCCUCCUUCGACUACGACGACCCCGGCUUCAAGAAGAUGGUGCGCACCUUCGACGAGAUCUUCUGGGAGAUCAACCAGGGCUACGCGGUGGACUUCAUGCCGUGGCUGGAGCCCGUGUACCGCGGCCACAUGCGCCGCAUCUCCGACUGGGCGGCCGAGAUCCGCCAGUUCAUCCUGUCGCGCAUCAUCGAGUCGCACCGGCGCUCGCUGGACCGCGCGCAGGGGCCGCGUGACUUCACCGACGCGCUGCUGCUCUACCUGGAGGAGGACCCGCUCCUCAACUGGGAGCACAUCAUCUUCGAGCUCGAGGACUUUCUCGGCGGUCACUCGGCCAUCGGCAACCUGCUGAUGCUGGCGCUGCGGGCCAUCGCGCUGCACCCCGAGGUGGGCGAGCGCAUCCGGCGCGAGGCGGACGCGGCCACCGGCGGCUCGCGGCUCGUGUCGCUCUUCGACAAGCCGGCCAUGCCCUUCACCGAGGCCACCAUCCUGGAGACGCUGCGCACCGCCUCGUCCCCCAUCGUGCCGCACGUCGCCACGCAGGACACGUCGGUGGCCGGCUACGCCGUCGACAAGGGCACCGUCGUCUUCCUCAACAACUACGAGCUCAACAGCGGCGAGACGUACUGGUCGCAGCCGGCCGCCUUCCGGCCCGAGCGCUUCCUGUCGGCCGACGGCGGCGCCGUCGUCAAGCCGGAGCACUUCAUCCCGUUCAGCACGGGCAAGCGCACGUGCAUCGGCCAGCGGCUGGUGCAGGGCUGCGCCUUCGUGCUGCUCGCCGCGCUCGUGCAGACGCACGACGUCGCCGCGCCGCCCUCCGGCGAGAUGCAGACGUUCCCGGCGUGCGUCGCCGUGCCGCCCGACACCUUCCCGCUCGUCUUCACGCCCCGCCAGCCCGCCGACUAGGCGCCGCCGCCGCCGCCGCAGAGGCCAGCACCGCCACCGCCCCCGCCCCCACCACAGCCGCAGCCGGCGGCUCGCACGCCCCCUCCUCCCCCGCAGCGAGAGGCAGCCCCGAGACGGCGCCCCGCUCCGGAACUCACCGUCAGUCCGGACUCCGGCGGCUCUCACUGAACCGAGGCCUACUUUCCCCUUACAUCGAUUGUAACCAUCUACAACUACCGACACUAACGUAGACACGGAUAGCAAUUCUAUUUCUCUAGACGAGGGAAUUAGGUAAUUUGUAGUGCAUCAAAUGCUCGCUCGUAACAGAUAUUUGGCAAAUUAUUUUUCUCCUCAACCAUCCUACUACGUGUACGGUAAGCGUCAUUAGAGAGUGCUAGCGUCCAGAACGGGGGGUCGACUGACCGUGCAGCCCUCGUCACCUUACUACACGAGCGUCUUAUACAGCGUCGCAAAAAUCAUCUGCGACAAUUCCCUAACGUGUAUAAAAUUAAUAUCGAGGGCUGUCCUUCUGCUAACAUAGUGUCCAUUUGUUCUUUUACGCCUGUAGACUGACAUGGAGCUUUCUAAUCAUCUUUCAAUUGCAGAAACAUAAACCAUCUGGUAAUACUCCAGCGCGCAGGAGGUCAUAUCGGCUAUUAAAUGCCUACGCUUAUUUGCAUCUUCCGUGCAUUCCACAUCUCUAAACUCCACGAGCGUUCUACUAGACAUCGACGUGUCUCCUAAGUAACAAUUAUGAAAGGCGCUUAAAAAUAUGGAGUUCGAGUAGUAUGCUGUCAGAAGUUGCGUCGAAACUUACGUGCUUGUCAUUUCAUAUACUCAUCGUUUCUAAGGUUAAGGUGUUUAAGGAAACUUCCGAGAGAUUUCGCAUUUCGCAACGAUUUGCUACGAUACCAAAGUAUUUUAUAGAGUAGAUUUUACUGACUAAACGACUAUACGUAACACCAGAGACUUUCACGUUUAUUUCUGUGGGAAGGGAUUCUGUCCUCUUUUCAUACGUAUUGUUUGUUACAUUCGCCACCGAUAGUAGUCUCGCUGGUUUUGAAUGCAAGUCGGCAUGAAUGUGUAUACGCGCGUGAUCGUUAUAUGCUUGCGUUAUAUGUUGUACGUUCCCAGUGUUCUUUUUUUCUGGUCCUAGAGUUAGGAACAAUCUAAUCACUCAAGUACCUUCUUAAAAGAUGUCUGAAAAGAACAGCACAUAUCAGUAUGCGUCAGAAGGCGCUUGUUUUUUACGUUUAAGUGUACUUUUUUAUACAGCGCAACAGAAAUACUUAUACUGUGUCCAAUGUAAUUGGACGCUCAUACUAAACAAUGUAUAGAUCUGCAAAUAAUAAA